AUGGAUUUCUAUAAGCUCGGCAGCUUUAUGAACUUUAGUAGAAAACAAUUGGAGCAAAUACCUAAAGAAGUUUUACUUGCGUGUGCUCCAGAAGAAAUAGCAUUGAUAUGGAACAAGUUACCAGAGCACCUCAAGAAGGAUAAAGAUAUUAUACAAUACCAAUACUGUACAGAUCAUGAUGAGACUAGAGGUUCUGAGGAUGUUAUAGAUGGACCACCCCCAAGAAAGCUAUUUUGUUGUUAUUGUAAUAUUAGAGAUGUACAAAUUAAUGCUGGGGAAAAGGAAUCCAACGAUAACUUUUUAAACAAGUUUUAAAAGGAGUCCUCCAUAAUCAUUAAUAAUAAUAUAAAAGAUUCACACAAAAAUAUUUCUGAUUCCAACCCUGAAUAUUUGCGUGCCUAUUUCAUAAGUAAAGACAAUUCGCAACUUCCCGAUGACCUUAACGACGAAGCAAAAUGCAAGUUGCAAUCGGACACCUUAAUCGUUUUAACACCGACUGUUAUUACAAUAAAUAACAUUAAUUAUGUUUUUAUUCCAACGCAUGAAUCUAAUACUAUUGUAACGAAUGAAAUAAUUUUCGAAGCAAUUAAAUGUUUGAAAUCUUUUGCACAUACAGAUUUAGAAAAUUAUUAUGACCUCUACGAUAAUUUUAUUUUUAGUUAUAAAAAAAUGGUAGAACUUUGCGAUUUGAGAGAUUCUCAAAAGGAAUAUUUAAAACCUUGCAUUAUGGCAAAGAGCCUAUUUAAUCGGAUAAGUCGUGUUCUUCACCGUGUUCAAGAUAAUAACAGUAUAAUUGGAGAAAUUCUAAAUAGCCAGCAAUUUUUAAAUCGAACCAAACGAGGUUUAGUCAAUGCCGUAGGCAAUGUUGCAAAGGUUUUGUUUGGAACCUUAGAUGAAAAUGAUGCUAAACAUUUCAACGAAAUUCUCCAAAAACUGGAAACAAAUCAGAUAAAUAUGCAACACUUACUGUCAGAACAAACAAGUAUUUUUGAAAAUACCAUUCUAUCUCUCAACUCAUCAAAUCAAGCAAAUAAACAAAUUUUUGAAAAUUUAAACGGAAAAGUCAAUCAAAUUGAAACUUUCAUCAAUAAUCACAUAAAAGGUGUUAUUGAUAAUAUCACUUCAUAUGAAAAUUUCGCAUUACAGUUCUCUGAGUAUUUUUCUCUAUUCGAACUGGUCUCCGAACAGUUCCAGUUUUACCAAAGUGAUCUAUUAAACAUAAUUUUGUAUGCUCAAAAUGGUAUUUUACAUCCUUUAGUCCUAAGUCCAAAAAGGCUCAUAAACCAUUUAGUUAAGCAAAGCAUGUAUUUACCAAAAGGGUUAUCAUUUCCUGUACCUCUUUAUCAUCAUUAUUCUCAUGACCUGUAUAAAACAAUGCAUCCAAAUGUGUUUUACUCAAAUUAUAAAUUGUACUUUAUUUUAUACAUACCCCUUGUAAGUGAUAUUUCGUACAAUAUCGUUAAGAUGACAAGUUUACCUAUAAAAGUGAAUAAUGAUAAACUUUCUCAUAUAUUCUCAUUUAUUUCAUCAGAACACCAUUACUUAGUAAUAGAUAGUCUUAAGCGAAACUAUUUUUUUCUUGAUAACAAUGAUUUGAAAGAUUGUUCAAGAAUAGAUAAUAAGUACGUUUGUAAAGAAAAAUAUCCCUUGUUCCUUUUACCAAUACAUAAUGAUUGUGAGGCACUGCUGUACACUCAUCCUCAGAAAAUUCCUGAGUCUUGUGAAAAACGAGUUAGUGCCAUUCAUAAAACAAUUUUUAUCAAAAUUCUGAAAAUAAAUUCUUGGAUUUUUGUUAGUCCAAACGAUGAAACUCUCACAAUAAAGUGUCAAAAUUUUGAAGACUCUAUUCGUUUAAACAAUUCAGGCAUUUUAGAACUUGCACCGCACUGUAUCGCUUUUACAAGUUCUGUCACGCUAAAGCCAAUUGAUACCAAAGAAGCAAAUGAGUCAUUCAUAAACACAAAUUAUUUUCAAAAUCUUGACAUUAAAAAUGAAAUCAAUAAUCAAGAUCUUCGUUUCAGUUUCAUGGAAACUUUGUCCUUGAAUAAAAGUAUUUUAGUACUUCCUGAUCAAAAUGAAAAAUUAACAAAAAUUAGUUAUUCCAUCGAUGUAUUAAAAGCAAAGGAACAAAAGAUGUUAAACCAAAAAUCUAUUGAUUUUAACCAUAUUCAUCAUUAUAUUCUAGUAUAUUUAGUAGUGUUUUUAAUUGUAAGGUACGUAGGUUUUAAGAAAUAUAAAACAAUGUGCGUUAAUCAAGAUAAAAGGAAAUGUGAAACUCCAAGUGCAACCGCUGAAAGCAUCUGUUUAACAACGCGAGUGCCGCGAAUAGACAAAACCGCUGACGUCCAGUUUAACGAAAUAGCUGAUAAGGCAAAAAAGCGCCAAAAGCAAAAAAUUUCCGGAAGCAGCAGCAAUAGCAAGUCGAACGCCGAGGCCACCACCGGUCAAACCGCUGAUGAGACCACCACGGCUCAAAUCGCUGACGAAGCCAGAGCCAUCUUACAAUUUCACAGCCUACUGGAAGAUGAAAAUCCAAGCCUGCCCCCAAACAAAACGCCGCUCACCAUCUUUCCUGUGUGGACCGAACAACAUGGACAAACUUAUUUCCUCCACCUCCACGUAUCCCUGAUAGAACUGAGGAACAUUAACUAUAUCAACAUCAAGAAGCCGUUGCCUCCAGCGAAGGGGCACGUCUGCUCCCAGGCACGGUGUAGGACUACAGGAGCAUUGUGCAAUACCUGGAGGAUAAGAAAAUCCACUACCACACAUUCCAGCACGCGAACGCUCAGCCUAGAAGAGACCACUUCCUUGGACCAACAAACCCAAGGAUGCAGCCACAGAACCAAUCAACGAUAG